CCUAACCUUGUAGAAUAGCGAUAAUUGCCCGAGCGUGCCUCGUCUUGCCUCGCGCGCUCGCUGCCUCGGUGGCCAUCGCCACCGAGAACGCCCGUCCGAACACGUCAGUACAACGCCAGACAAGUUUUAGCCAUGGACAUAAUGGAGUCUGCUCCGACAGUUACAUUCGAUGACCUUGACGAUGCAACCGUGAAAUGCAUUUUAUCGCGCCUGGGCUCGACCGACCUGCGCAACACCGCGACCCUGCUCAGCAAGCGCUUCUACCGGCUGUGCAAGGAGCCGCCCGGCGCAACUGGAGGCGUCUGGAACCUGCUGGAAAUCAACGUCGCCCAUGAGACACUGCACCCACGCGGCCGCGGCGCGCCGCCACCUCCACCACCUCCGCCACCACCCACCACCCGUACCGCCUCUAGCUCCGACCCCGGCCCGCCCGGGGCCCACACCGCCAGCAGUCGCGGCAGCAGCAGCAGCCCAGCCGCCUACCACAGCCAACCCCACCUCAGCCCAGCCCCCACCCACCAGCCCCACAACCAGCCCCACAACCACCUAGACCACACCCACCUCAGCCGGAGCCGCGGCCACUUCGCCCGCGGCCGCCACGGCGCCGCCGGCGGCCCCCGCCGGCGGGCCUUCCUGUCCCGGUCGUGUGUGGGCCGCUGGCUGGUGCCGUACCACGACCAGGUUACGGCGCUGCACGUGUCGCACACCGAGCUGCGAAGCACUGUGGUGCCGGUGGUGGCGGCGGCGGGCGGCGGCGGCAGAGGGGCGGGCGGGUGGCGUGGCGGCGGCGGCGGUGGGGGCAUGCGGCACGAUCUGCAGCCCGAGGACCUGGCCUCCCUGCUGGCCUCCCUGCCCCGCCUGCAAGAGCUGGUGCUGCGCUCCGCCUCCGACCUGCUGCCGGACCCCGGAGCGCUGAUGCAGCUACAGCCGCUACAGCCGCUACAGCCGCCAGCGACACAGCCGCAGAACCAAGAGGAGGGGGAAGCGGACGAGGGGGACGGGGAGGCGGAGGAGGGGCAGCAGUGGCCGCCUCUGCAGCCGCGGCCGCCGCUGCUACAGCCGCUGCCCGCGCUGCCGCUGGCGGCGCGGCUGCGGCGGUUGGCGCUGCUCCAGACCGGCUACUGCCUGCGCUCCUCGCCGCCGACCCCUGCCGCCCGGGCGCUGCCCGCCGCGCUCGGAGCAGGCGGGGCUGUAGCACCGGCUGCAGCCGCAGCGGCGGCGGCAGCAGCAGCGGCAGUAGCAGCCGCGAGGCUGCAGGCGGAGGAGGAGCCCUCGCAGCUGCCGGGUGUGUCGGCGCUGGGCGGGCUGACGGGUCUCACGAGUCUGGAGCUGGGUGUGGAGCCGGCCAGUGCGGAGGGGCUGGGGCGGCUGCCGGAGGCGUGGAGCGGGCUGACGGCGCUGACGGCGCUGCGGCUGACCGGCCACCUGGCUCUGCGCCGCCUGCCCUCCUGGCUGCCCGCCCGCCUGGGCCGCCUGAGUGAGCUGGAGCUGGUGCGCUGCGGCCUGAGGCUCAUGCCCGAGCCCGCCCUAGCAGGGCUGCGGCGGCUGCGGCUGCUGAGCCUGGACGGGUGCCCGCUGGGCGAGGGCGAGGCGGCGUCGUGGAGCGGCGGCGGCGACCAGGGGGUGCCGUGGGAGGACCCGCUGGCGGCGGCGGCGGCGGCGGCUGCUGCAGCACGCGGCGCUGGUGGCGGCGGCGCUGGCAGUAGCACGUGGGGCGCAGCCGAUGGUAAUGCUACUGCUGCGGCUGAGGGCGGCGAUGCCUGUCCUGAGGCCGGUGGCGCUGGUGGCGGCAGCGCUGAUGGCGGCAGUGGCGGUGGCGGCGGCUGCAGCGGGGUGUUGGGUCUGGAGGUGCUGCGGCUGCAGGACUGCGGCAUACUGGCGCUGCCCUACGCCAUAUCCAGGCUGACACGGCUCGAAACCCUGGAGCUGGCGGGUAACCCCCUGGGCGACCAUGCCCUCCCCGCCCCCUCGGAUGAGGACGAAGACGACGAGGACGAGUACGAGGGGGGAGGCGGGCGGCGGCGGCGCGGCGUGCGGCCUCCCUUAGGUUGCAUGGGUCGCCUGCGCGCGUCGGUGCUGAGAUACCUGCGCGAGUCAGGCGACCGCGGCUUUGAGCUGCUGGAGGGCUGUAGCAGGCUGCAGCACCUGGGGCUGGGCCGCUGCGGGCUGGCGGCGCUGCCGCCGGCUGUAGCAGGCGGGCGGCUGGCGGGCCUGACCAGCUUGGACGUCAGCGGCAAUGUCCAGCUGCAGCUACUGCCGCCGCCGCUGGCGCUACAGCCGCACCAGCCAGGGCGGUGGCAGCAACUAGCGGGCCAGGAGGCGUGUAGAGAAGCUGGGGACGCAGGCGGUCAGGGGGAGGUUGGGGCGGGGGUGGCGGGGGCGGCGGCACUGGCAGAGUUGCGGCGAGCGCUGCCGGCACUGCGGCAUUUGGAUAUCAGGGACACGCCGGCUGCAGCGCUGGCGGCCGCCUGGGAGGCUGGGCUGCGGGGCUGAGCCGUAACCGCAAAAGGGAGCGGGGGGGGGGUACUCACUACAGGACCGUCGCUUGGAAGCGUCCCAUUACACCGCAUCAUGUUCGUAAGAGAGUUGAAGCGGUGACGCGGUCAGAAGCGAUGAAGCAGUGGAGGGGCGGGUGGAGCCCGUCAGGCGACAAGCCAGGCGCACGCCAUGUGAGGGGCCCGCAUAAGUAUGAUGGAGCAUGGUUUGUGUAUGGAAGUUGAAGUCGAGGGCCCAGCGUAUUAACUGU